AAAAAAAAAGAAAAGUUUUCAUCAAAAAUAUUUCCGCAAGGUGAAGGUCAGCAGAAACAGAAUUUCUCACAUUUUCGGAUGUUUAUUUCAAAAAUGAAUUGAAAGGAUGAAUUAAUGAAUGAAGGAGGAAGAUGUCGUACAGAAAGUUCAACAGUAUCUGGAAGAAGUUAGCCUAUACGGGGCUGGCAGUUGGAGGAGGGGCUGCUGUCUGGACUUAUAUAUAUCCACGGAAGAAUAAGCAACUUGUUGCAGCCAUAAAUGAUGCAGAUGAGCAGAAGUUCAGAUGGGCACCUUUACCUACUAGAGAGCAACAGCUAGAGAGUUUACAGAAAACGGAGUUUGAUGUUCUCGUAAUUGGAGGCGGGGCUUCUGGCUGUGGGGUUGCCCUAGAUUCUGUAAGCCGAGGCUUGAAGACUGCCAUGGUUGAAAUGUACGACUUUGGAUCUGGGACGUCAAGUAGGAGCACCAAACUGAUACAUGGAGGUGUACGCUACCUACAAAAAGCUGUCUUCAAUCUUGAUAUAGAACAGUAUCGGAUGGUGAAAGAAGCACUUGCUGAACGGGCAAACUUGAUAGAAAUAGCUCCACAUCUGGCCUACUCCUUCCCAAUCAUGUUACCAGUAUACAAAUACUGGCAGGUGCCAUAUUACUGGGCAGGAAUCAAAGCAUAUGAUUUCGUUGCUGGGAAACAGAGGUUGAAGCCCAGCUAUUUUCUUUCAAAGAAGAAAGCGCUUGAAAUUUUUCCAAUGUUGAAAAAAGAAAAACUUGUUGGUGCACUAGUUUACUAUGAUGGUCAGCAUGAUGAUGCUAGGAUGAACAUUUCACUUGCGAUUUCGACGGCACGUCGUGGCGGCGUUACAUUAAAUUAUACUCAAGUGGUUGAACUUCACAGAACAAAGGAUGCUGAAGGAAAAGAUGUGAUCACAGGGGCUAGGGUCAAGGACAGACUCACAGGAAAAGAAAUGGAUGUGAAAGCCAGGUGUGUAAUCAAUGCAACCGGUCCAUACACUGACUCAAUACGUACGAUGGGGAGUCCGGAAACAAAAAAGAUCUGUCAACCAAGUUCCGGUGUUCAUGUUGUUUUACCAGAUUAUUACAGUCCACACAGUAUGGGUCUGCUAGAUCCCGCAACCAGUGAUGGAAGAAUCAUUUUCUUUUUACCAUGGCAAAAUGUUACAUUAGCAGGUACGACAGACAAUGCAUGUAGUGUUACAUUUCAACCAGCGCCAACAGAAAAAGAGAUUCAGUUUAUAUUAAAUGAAGUUAGAAAUUAUCUCCAUCCAGACGUAGAAGUGCGACGAGGUGAUGUCUUGUCAGCAUGGUGUGGUAUACGACCCCUGGUGAGCGAUCCCAACAAGUCAGAUACUCAGAAUUUAGCCAGAAACCAUAUAAUAGAAGUGUCACAAGAUAAACUGAUAACCAUUGCUGGUGGAAAAUGGACAACAUACCGUCACAUGGCCGAGGAGACUGUAGACCGAGCUGUGAAAGAAUGCAAUUUACAGCCAACGUCAGGAUGCAGAACUAAGGGGUUGUUGCUGGAUGGAGCACAUGGGUGGUCACCCACACUCUUCAUUAGACUGGUGCAAGAUUUUGGACUGGAAAACGAGGUAGCCCAGCACUUGGCAAGAACUUAUGGUGAUAAAGCUUUCAAAGUAGCUAAGUUGGCCACCCUUACAGGUAAAAGAUGGCCUGUGGUUGGGAGGAGACUGCAUGAGGAAUAUCCCUACCUGGAGGCUGAGGUGAGAUAUGCUGUCAGAGAGUAUGCCUGCACUGCCAUAGACGUGAUCGGCCGACGUACGAGACUGGCGUUCUGUAACGUACAUGCUGCUGAGGAGGCUUUGCCGAGAGUCAUUGAGAUUAUGUCCGAGGAGUUAAAGUGGAAUAAACAACAACAGAAAGAACAAAUGGAACGAGCCAAAAACUUCCUUAAGAAAGAGAUGGGCCUCGAUCUAGGUCGUGCGGAACUUGAUAUGCCAAUUAACUUCACCAAGGAUGAGAUAAAUGCAUACGCUAAGAGGUUUAAAUCUUUGGAUUUGGAUAACAAAGGCUACAUUACCGUGAAUGAUCUCAGAAAAUAUUUUAAGAAAAUUGGUGAGAGGGUGACGGAAGAUCAACUCCAUGAUAUUCUGAAUGAGGUAGACCUGAAUAAGAAUGCUCAAGUUGACCUAGGAGAAUUCCUUCAGGUCAUAUCGAUGAUAAAAAUUAGGACGGGACCAUAUCCGAGAGCAAAUAAAUAUGUGGAUACUAGUUUAUGACACCUAUAGGAUGUGUGUAAAAAACACGACAUAUUUAUUUUAAUGAACAGGCUUAGAAUCGGAAACGUCACAAAUUCACGAUUUGCCAAGGCUGCGGAACUCAGUGCAGUGGAAAAAAUCUCUGUCGAAAGAAGCGGGGGUGGUGUGUAGAGGACAAAUGGACUUGUUUUGUAUAUGUUGUGCAUAAUUUUAUCACAUGUAUCCAUAGAAUUCCAAUUCUUUAAUCUGUUAAGAACUUUGUUAUUGGGCAUUUUUAACAAGAGUAGGGGUUAGGGUAAGCCUGAAGAUAUAUCAAAUAGGCAAAAGUUUGGAAUAGAUCUGAUAAACUGAUAUAUUUUUAUGGUGUGAUAGCAUGUUUUAAAGGAACCUUUUCAAUAAAAAUAUACCUCUGGUGUAAUUAAAAAGUUUUAAAACAGUGUUAAGUUAGUGUUGCAGUCACUUUAGGAUUCAUCUUAAUGAGAGAGCCGUACAUUACCCCUUCCACUGUUUUUAGCUCAUCUGAUUUUUUGAAAAAAAAUGAUGAGUUAUUGUCAUCACUUGAGCGGUUGUCGGCGUCGGCGUCUGCGUCGGCGUUGCCUGGUUAAGUUUUAUGUUUAGGUCACCUUUUCUCCUAAACUAUCAAAGCUAUUGCUUUGAAACUUGGAACACUUGUUCACCAUCAUAAGCUGACCCUGUAUAGCAAGAAACAUAACUCCAUCUUGCUUUUUGCAAGAUUUAUGGCCCCUUUUGUACUUAGAAAAUAUCAGAUUUCUUGGUUAAGUUUUAUGUUUAGGUCAACUUUUCUCCUAAACUAUCAAAGCUAUUGCUUUGAAACUUGGAAUACUUGUUCACCAUCAUAAGCAGACCAUGUACAUCAAGAAACAUAACUCCAUCUUGCUUUUUGCAAGAUUUAUUGCCCCUUUUGGACUUAGAAAAUCAGUUUUCUUGGUUAAGUUUUAUGUUUAGGUCAGCUUUUAUCCUAAACUAUCAAAGCUAUUGCUUUAAAACUUGCAACACUUGUUCACCAUCAUAAGUUGACCCUGUACAGCAAGAAACAUAACUCCAUCCAGCUUUUUGCAAGAUUUAUGGCCCCUUUUGGACUUAGAAAAUAUCAGAUUUCUUGGUUAAGUUUUAUGUUUAGGUCAACUUUUUCUCUUAAACUAUCAAAGCUAUUGCUUUGAAACUUGCAACACUUGUUGACCAUCAUAAGCUGACCGUGUACAGCAAGCAACAUAACUCCAUCCUGCUUUUUGCAAUAAUUAUUGCCCUUUUUGGACUUUGAAAAUAAUUUUCUUGGUUGAGUAUUAUGUUUAAGUCAACUUUUCUCAUAAACUAUCAAAGCUAUUGCUUUAAAACUUGCAACAGUUUUUCACCAUCAUAAGUGGACACUGAACAUCAAGAAACAUAACUCUAACCUGCUUUUUGCAAGAAUGAUGGCCCUUUUUAGACUUAGAAAAUCAUGGGUAGGACAAUAUUUCUAUUACACAAAAAAAAUCAGAUGAGCGUCAGCACCCGCAAGGCGGUGCUCUUGUUUAAAGGUAAGACAUCACCGCUUCCUCUCAUUAACAAAAUUAUGUAAUAAGUCAAAGAAUUUCUGAAAUUGUUUUUAUAUCAAGUAUCAGCCAUCAUUUUCAAACUGGUUUAUAAAACCUAUAGUAAUUUUCCAUUGAAAUGUCUUCAGAUAUAAAAAAAAAAGAAGGAAAAUUAAUAGAAGGGGUAUUAUCUAUUCAGACUUUGGUGAGACACGUCGUCAAAAAUGGGUUUUGUCACACUCACUUGUUGAGUGAUGACAAAUAUUACAGUAGACACUGAAAUUAAAUUUACUAGACUAUGUUGUUACUGGUGUGAAAAUGUUUUAGUUGAAACAAUUUGAUCAAGUAACUAUAUUACAAUAUUGUUUAAAUACAGACGUUUUUAGAAAUUAUCAUAUAAUACUGUGCAGUGUACACUGUUGUAUAGAAAGACAAGGAGUUAAAAAAAGAAUAUAAUUAUGUUUUAAACACAACAGAAUUAAAAAAUAAAAACAGUAAUAGUUUUCAUGAUAGAAAUGCAUUUGUUUGAAAGAAAAAGCUGGUUACUUAUGCAGGAGAUUAUUGAUACUGUUGAAUCAGAACAUUUUGCAACAGAAUCAUGUUUGCUAAUAGACAGACUGCAUACAUCAGGAGCUUCAAUUGGGAAAGUGCCGUACUUGGCAUCAGUUGUCAUCUAUUUCACAAUUUAACAGUACUUCUCAUAAAUUCCACCUCCAGAACUAUAGGAAGACUUCUAGACACAAAAUACUCACCUUAAUUUGCAUGUGGAUGAUUUAGCCAUGCAUAUAGAGCAAAAUAUUUUACUCUUAUUUGAAGGUGUUCAGAAUUCAUUGCGAAAAGUUUUUAAGAAAGUUUCAUUUUUACAGAGUAUAUCAUGUUCUAUAAUACUUUUUGUUCAGAAGUUACUUAUUCUUAAACUUGUAUAUUGGUAUGAUGUGAUAUUUUCCAUUUUAGGUGUCUUUGCAGAAAUACAUGUAUAUAAUGUGUUAGUUCUGAAUAUAAUGUUAUUGUAUGUCCGGCAUUUAUAUUGACUUAGUCUUUUAAUAGUGUUGUUGGAUGUGUAGUUAAAUAUUGUAAACCUUUUUUCGAAUAAAAACAUGAAAAAAAACAUUUUCUGGGAAAUGAAGAAUUUACGCCUAGUCCCUAAUAUGAGGCUGCUCUUAGACAAGUUACAUGAUCUGGCCCAGUGUUCACAAAACAUUUCAGUCCGUCCCAAGUUUGAUAAUGAAACAUUAUUUGUCAUUUAUAUCUAAAUAGCAUGUUUAAAACUAAAUCUUAAGUUAAUAAGUGUUUUCAACAAUUCAGUAUUGAUGGUCAGUGUUGGAAUUUAACCAUGGAAGCUUAGUAAAACUGAUAUUAAAAUUUCAAACUCAGACUUAGCUGAGACCAAAAAAAACAGUUUUGUGAACACAUAACUUUCCAAUGAAAGUUAAGUCUAUAAUUGUAUAAUACUUCUAGCUCUUCUGAUCUGCUGCAAGUUCCAUUUACUUAAACAAUCUUGUGUUAUAUCACUAGAAGGAUAGUAAGAAAAGAAUUGAAAAUUAUAGCAUGGCAAUCGGUAUCAAUUUUUUGAAGGCCCGUACAAUGCUUUCGGCUAAUUGGAUGAUCAUGUUUCAGUCAGCAGAGUGUGCAAUAUGCACAUUCAAGAAUAUUGACCAAUCAAGGAACUUAGGACUGUGCUAUUUGUUUUUCUCCAAAAUUUGUAUUAGUUGUUAAUUUUGAUUGGUUGAGAAUAAAGACUAGAGAGUAUUGGUUUGCUUAAGAUUUUGAUUGGUUGAAAAUAGAUUCAGACUGAAGAUGACCUGUACGUAGACUUUCUAUUUGUACUUACUGUGCUUUAUGAUUUUAGUUGAGUGUAAAUGUAACUAUUGCUUGUUAUUUAUAUUUCACUAUACAUGAACGCAUAACCCUGGCGAAAAGUGUAACUUUAGUGCAAUGACACAGCUGUCGAAGAUAUUAACAUGUCUGUUUUAUAAUUAAACAUGUGCAUGAUAAUAGCGUAGAAAACCAUAAUUUAUAUAUUAUAUAGAAAUGUGUAUGCUGCCUAUUAAGAAACCCUGCUGACCUGUUAUACUUUGUGAUGCUGUUAAUUUAUUUUGGUUUGUGCUAAAUGUGAGUAGUUACAGUUACCAUAGUAACAUGCUGGAGUUGAAAUAUAUUUGUAAAAUUUAGAGUUCGAUAAGAAUUUAUGUUUUGCUUAUAUGUGUCUAAAAGACAGAAUUGGACGUUGUAAAGUGAUAGUGAAAAAGGGAUCUUUUUGUUAAACAGUGGCAGAGAGGUAUUACUCCACAACCUUUUUAUGUUUUUGCCAUACUCGCAUGAUUCAAAUAUGCUUCCUGAUCAAACAUAAAUUUUUAGUCAGUAGUGAUAACUUACGUAAUAUUUGGGUUUUUUCCUUUGUUUUCUUUAGUGUUAUUUCUUUUUUCAGUUCCAUAUAAUGUAUAAACAUAGUAAAUAUAGUUUUAUUCUCAUGCACCUACAAAAUGCCAUAUAUAUAUUUAUUUACAUCUUUUGUCUCUGCUAAAGCAGUAGUUACAUGUAUAUUGUAUUUAUUAUUAUUUUCUUAAUGCUGCCUAUCAGAUAUAUGAAAUAUUUAAAGAAUUUUUUUAGUGGGCUGAUGUAGUGACAGCUUAUAAUUGUACCUCAUCACGGUGGCACCAUAGUAUUAUAAUUGCACCUUAACUUGGGCACCAGAAUAUUUGGUACAUGGAUAAGUCUCCAGUCUCGAGAAUUUGACUGGUUGACUCUCCUAAUCUCAAGCAGUAAUGGGCUGAUGUAGUGACGGGUCAUAAUUGUUCCUCAUCCUGCCGCACUGGAGUAUUGGGUACAUGGUGAUGUCUCUGAUCUCGAGCGUUUGACUGAUCGAGUCUCCCAAUCUCGAGCAUUUUAUUGGUUAACGCUGAGCCCAAUCUUACAAUUGACCAGUGGCAUAGCUGCAGUCCAAAGCUGUUCUUCAUAACCAAGCAUUUGUAACAUGAAACAUUGGUGUUUCCAGGAAGUGAGAUUUCUAAACUUAAACUAAGCUAAAAAAAAAAACUAUCAGCGUAUAAAUUCUACUUGGAAUUUUCUUUUUAACUGGCCAGAUUUUGAGGGGGAAAAUAUAAUUUGGAAGUAAUAUUUCAUUUGAAUAAUUUUUCCAUUCAAUUUAGAAUUCUAAAUACUUUUCAUUUAGUGUAGCAACUUCUUUUGAUACAUUAAUUUUAUUUCAGUGAAGGUGAAAUACAGGUGUACCUGUAUUUUCAGAUGUAAGCAAAGUGGAAAAUGGCUGCAGUAUACAUAUCAUUAUGUGCGAUUAAUGGCAUAGCAGUAUUUGUCAUACAUGUAUUGUGUUAGCUGUGGCAUCAGGUUAAAGAAAAGACGAAACUUUACAUGGCAAACAUCUAAGUCCCAUUUUGUCAUUUGAGCCGCACCAGGAGAAAACCAACAUAGUGUGUUUGCGACUAGCAUGGAUCCAGACCAGCCUGCGCAUGUACGCAGUCUUGUCAGUAUCCAUACUGGUCACUUUCAAAGCCUAUUGCAAUUAGAGAAACAGCGAACAGCAUGGAUCUGUGCUGGUCGCAUACACACUAAGUUGGUUUUCUCAUGGUGCAGCUCAUUUCAUACUUUAGAAAAGCAAGCAUUCAACAGUAAAACUUUAAUUAUUAAAGACUUACAAAUGCUGAACAUUCUCUCAUUUUGCAGUGAAAAUAGGUGUUUCAUUCAGAAAUUGGGUAUAAACAAAAAACUAAAUCAUUGCAUUUAAAGACCAAAUUAAUAUUUUAUACCCCUUUAAGUGUAGAAAAACUUGGUUAUUAGAUAUUUCAAAGUGCUAUAAAUGUGAAGCUAUUUGUAUUUGAAUGACAACAUGCAUUUUGUCUACUUUUUGCUUUUCUUUGUAUAAUUUUGCAAGUCUUUUUUAAACAUUAAUAAAAAUUCUAUUUCUGUUGAA